AACACCCUAAUUUCUUCUUCUCUCUCUUCUCUCUUUCUUGCCCUAUUUUCAUGGAUCAUGAUCAUAGGGAGCUCCAAUUCUUCCGGCCAACUUCCUCCUCUUCUUCUACCAGAAUCCCUCCAUGGCAAACGGCGGCGACACCGAUCCAACCACCACUCAAAUUCCGAUCACCGCCGUCUUCUCCAUCCGAUCCCUUUGAAAUGGGUCCCUCCUUAGACCUCCAACUUUCAAUCUGUGUUCGAGCCCCUUCAAAGAAGAGGCCUCCACGGCCAGCUAAUCGGGACCCACUUUCAGUGGAGGCGCUGAGGUGGCAGGCGGCGGAGCAGAUACAGCUGGCGGCGGCGGAGAAGGCUUACGCAGAGAGAGUGAGAGAGAUGACGAGGAGAGAAAUGGAACUUGCAAGAUCUGAAUUCACCCGAGCUAAACGGGUAUGGGAACGGGCUAGGGAAGAAGUUGAAAGGGCUGAGUUAAUGAAAGAGAAAGCUACUCGCCGAGUUGACUCGUCUUGCAUGGAGAUCACUUGUCAUUCAUGUAGGCAUAAAUUCCGACCGGUUAAUUAAUUAACUUUUAAUUAAUAAUAAUUAUAUGUAUAGAGUUUUAAUUAAUUAAUAAUAAGAUUUCUAUGUUGU